UUAUAAGAGUGCAAUGAACCUGGAAUGAAAAGAAUCGAUAGCAGACGCGUAUUUAACCAAGUUCAAGUUAUCGUCAUAGCUACCGGAAUACAAACAUCGCGUACUGAAAUCGACAUUUCAUUUUCCCGCAAUACGACAAGAUCGCCAAAAAUUAAGUUGUUUAUGUUAAACUUUUAGGCAAGAUGAGUGUUAAAAGUUCACGAAUGUAUACGGCUCCCGCGCCUAAAAUGCCUCCUGGCCUUGUCGAGCUGAUGGAAGGACUAGCAAAAGAUGUUCUUAAGUGCAAUCCUCCUGAUGUAUACUCAUUUUGUGCUAACCACAUGCAGAAACUGAUGGAAAUCAGAGACGGCCCCACUACCAAAUGUACUAUGACUUUGGAUCAAAAAAUAGCAAUGGCUAUCAAGAAAAUAAGGGAAAGAGCGGCACGCCGCCGUGAAGAUUACGAUAAAAAAAUGCAAACGUAUAAGCAGUCAGAAAGCCAAAACAACGAAGGGUACGAAAAUAAUGGUAUCGAUAAAAAUAAUUCAGACGCGAGACAGUAUGCCAAAGAUAAAAUAGUAAAAAUUCCUGAAGAAGAUUUAGCUGGUGAAGAACAUGAAAUUAUUGUUAACAUAAAAGAAAAGUUCUUGACAUCCGAAGCUGUAAAGCUUACCGAAAAAGACUCGGAGAUGAUACUGGCGGAAACAAAAUCAAGCGAUGAUGAUUUGUCUGCCACUUUACAACAAUCUAUUAUAACAAAUGAUGUUAAGGAUGAUUCUCUAAUAAAUGUAACUGAGAAUAUUGACAAUAACAAAACUAUUGAAGAGGUGGGAGAUAACUUAACAAAUGAAAAGGAAGAAAAAGUAAUCGAAAUAAAUCAAAUAGGUAGGCAGGUUGAUGAUAAACUUGAUACCAUACCAUUUUACGAAGAAAAAUCUGUGGAAUCUGUUGAAACUCAUAAUAAUGGUGAAAAUAAAUCUUCUACUGUAGCAUUAGUAAAAACCGAAGAUUAUUUUAAAAGUGAAACAUCGCCCCAUAAUCAUGAUAAUUUAGAAAACUGCAAGAAUACAGCAAAUAUGCAAAAUAAAGAAGACGAUUUCAUUUCCAUUUCUAUCAUUGUAGACGAACCAAAAGAUUUGAGUGUUUUUGAAGAGAGGGAAGAUAAAGCAAUAAUUGAUUUAAAUAUUGAAAAAACACCGGAUAUCGAUGAAAUUACUAUAUGCAGUUCACUUAUUACAGAGGAAGUGAAUACUAAUAAAGACCAGAUAUCUUUACAUUUUCUUGAAGAACAACAAGACAAUACUGUGGCUUCAACUCCAUCGGCACUUCCUGAAGGAGAUGAAUUACUGAACUCAAAUAACAGUGAAUUAGAAAAUCAUGUAAAUAAUACUUCAAUGGAUUUGGAAACAGCCGCAAUAACUAUACAGAAAGUAUUUAGAAAUUUUCUUUUUAAAAACAAAACUUUAAGUACAGAUGAUGCUACUAACGUUGAUAUCAAUUCAUUGAUCGAAGAUAAAACCGAGAAGGGCGAUAAUGAUAUGUCAAGUAUGAAUGUCAAUAAAGACCGAAGAACUUUAGGUCUAAGUAGGAUGGAUACUGUCUUACAAACAGUAAAUGAAGAGAAAUCUUUAUCUCAAUCGACUGACGAUUCAUCGACUCUAUCGAGUGCAGCUACAAUAAUACAAGCACAUGUAAGAGGCUAUUUGAUCAGAAAUAAAUUGAACUUAAAUAAGAAUUCGUCUACCACUUCGGGAGUUGAUUCCGAUGGACUGUCUUUCACUUCUAUGGAAGGCGACAAUGAUAACCGAAAAAAUAAAACCAUUUUAAACAUACACAUAGUACCCGAAAGUGGGCAUUUUAUGAGCAGAGAUGAAAGUGUGCUGACUUCUAUAGAUUUGUCAAUGGAUGGCAGUCCACCGUGCUCCACUAACUUGCAUCCUCUAGCUUAUGAUACAAGCGAAAGAAGGAAGCAAUUGAAAAGGGAGGAUGCUUUUCAGUCAACUUCACCUCCAAGUAAUAAUAGUGGGAAAUUAAGUGAGGACGUCGAUUCUAUUAAAGAAUUGCUAAUAAGUGAAAAUAAUAAAGAUGAAAACCCAUCACUAGUAGAAUCUGGAAAUAAAAGAACAGACGUAAAAGAGUUUGUCUUAGAAACUACGCUUGAUGAUGAUUCAACAAUGGUCGAUAAUCUUGACACUGCAUUAGAAGUGAAGAGUUUGGGGCCUUUUGAUAGUCCAGAAAAACAUCUAACAGAACGACCAUACUCUUUGCCCGAAUUAGCUUCAGAUGAAAUGGAUGUGAUAACUCCGUUUACUCCUUCUGAAGACAGGUUUUCAAAAAAUUCUAAUUUAAUACAUUCGGGUGAAUUUCACGAAAUAGUUCUUCCAACACAAGUGUCUCGUGGUGAUACCUCUGUCGUCCGUGAAUUCCAGAACGUGCUGGUGUACUUUUUACUUUGGAAUAAUGCUUAACAAUCUAUAACAUGCUUAGCGAUGCAUUUAGUUAAUUAAAUUUUGCAUCAUAACUCCAACACGUCUAUAAUA